CAACUUUAGAUUAAUUUCUUUUUACAAUCCAACGGCGGAUCCCGAGGUUCCAGAAUGAGGCCGGUUGUUGAGGAUCAUUUAUAAAGAGAGAGAGAGAGAGUUUGACUCGAGAAAAGUGGGGAGGGUGAAACUGGACAAGGUGGGGACCCAAAAGGAAAGAGAUCCUAAAACAAAGUUAUCAAAAAAAAAACAAAAAGACAGCUCGAGAUCUCCUCUAACAAACUAACACGUGUACAUGAAAUCAUCGUCUCCUCUUCAUCAUCUUCACUGGAUUCUCAGCAACAGCUUCGACUUCCCCUUUAUUGUUUCUCUGCCGUUCUUCUACGACUAAUAAUUCUCCGGUGAAUAACCAUACGAACACUGAACUGUUUCCAGUUUUGACUCAAGAAGAGCGUGCUCAGAUUCUCCGACAUCUCUGUCAGCUUCAAACAGAAAAUAGAACAAGAGAGACAAAGUCAAAAGAAAAGAGAGUUUGUUUUGGCUGAUUUUCUGGUUGUUGUUGCUGCUGCUGAUGCUGUUUGGUUGGAAGGAAAAUUUGGGGUUUUCUUUUUAUUUUUUCCCUCUGGGAAAGUGAACAGUGAAGAUUGUUGACAGUUCAUGUUUUGAAUCACUGAAAGAAAGAAAGAGAAAAGAUAAUGAACAAGUGCUUUGCCAUUCAACUACAGGCCACAAGAGUGACUCAAAGCCUUAUUCCUUCUUAGCUGACACCAAACCUUUUGAGAACAAAGACAAGCCUCUGGAUUCCACUGGAUUGAAUGCGGAAGGAGUUGUGAAGGAAAAUCAGAAUGGAGUCAUGCAUGAUAUAAAGGGAAAUGAUGGGGAUUCAGAUCCCUCACUAUAUCUAGAUAAUACAAGAGGUGGAUGGCCAGCAUUAAAACUUGAUUGUUCUAUUAGUGUAAAUGACUUUGCCAAUGGUAAUGAAAAGGAGGUCAGAGAUUUUGUGACAUCAAAUUCUCCCUCUUUGAAGAAUAUGGAUUCAUUUCAGAACUCAGUUUUUUAUUUAGACAAAAGUGUUAUGGAAUGUGAACUGCCUGAAUUGGUAGUUUGUUAUAAAGAGAGUACAUAUCAUGUUGUCAAGGACAUCUGUAUUGAUGAGGGAGUUCCAACACAGGACAAGUUCUUGUUUGAGACUGGCAUGGAUGAGAAGAUUGAUUGCAACUUUCUGCCUUCUGAAAAGGAACAAGAUAGUCAACUGAUGACAGAAAAAUUGGAGACAGAUAUGUGCAUGCAAGAUGUUUCCAUGUCUCCAGGAGAAAAUCAAUCUGGCAAGGAUAUUGACAAUGAAUGUGGUUCUAAUAAAAAAGUUGACACUGAUACAUGUAUGCAAGAUGUUUCUUUAUCUCUAGAAAAAAAUGAGUCUAACAAGGGAAUUCCGAAUCAAUGUGAUUCUAAGGAUUUGAUGCUGACUAGGGUAGUGAAGGGUGAUGCAAUGAAAAUGGUCACAGAUGAUGUCUCUAAAGAGUUGUUUACCCUUGGAGAGUUACUUUCAAUGUCAGAACUGAGCAAAGUGAACUCUGAAGCCAUGUCUUCCGAUUGCAAAAGUGAUGGAAUUGAACAACAGUCUUUUCAGAGCUCAAGCAAAAAGGAAGUCAUGGUGAUGCCCCCCUUGGUUUCUGCAGUUGAAGAAUCCAAAGAUAGCAAUGAGGAGGCAAUUGUAUCUGUUCCUGCAUUGGUCUCUGCAACUGAAGAAUUAGACAGUGGGAAAGGGGAAGCUAUACUGAUCAGUCCUGCUCAGGUCUCUACUCCUGAGGAAUCAACCAGCAGCAGCCUUGUCAAUGAGGUGUCUUAUGAUAACAAACUGGAGACUGGAAGCAUAACAUUUAACUUAGAUUCUUCUGCACCAACAAGCAGCAAAGAUGAGUGUCACCACAAUCUGGACAGUGAACCUCUUGGGACUGGAAGUACACCCAAGCUUGAAGUUGCAGCUGAUCAGUCUAUUUCAAACAAUCUUCAACAAGGAAUUGGAGAGUCUAGUUUCUCUGCUGCAGGGCUAGUAACAGGUCUAAUAAGUUACUCUGGGCCAGUAGCAUAUUCUGGCAGUCUCUCUCUUAGAUCAGAUAGCAGCACAACGAGCACUCGUUCCUUUGCCUUCCCAAUAUUGCAGUCUGAAUGGAAUUGCAGUCCAGUAAGAAUGGCAAAAGCUGACCGGAGACAUUACCGGAAGCAUAAGGGUUGGAGGCAUGGCCUCCUUUGCUGUAGAUUCUGAAAAGUUCUAUUCUAUACAUCACCAAAUUUAUUAUUUUUGCUUAGCAAGUUAUAUACAUCAUCUCCCUUUCCCUCGCUUGGCCUGUACUGUGCAGUAGGUUUAGAGUGUCAUGCUUAGAGUUUUGAUCUCGUGCAUGCAAAUUUGAGCUGUAAGCAAUAUCUUAUAAUUUUCGUAUCAUUGUAGUAUUUCCUUUCUUUGUUUUCACCUUGUUCAUAAUAUCAGCUUAUAUCAGAUAAAGAGAGUUCAUUAUUC